AAACAAGAUACACCAAAAAAUACGCAUAAAAAGUAGAAAUUUAAAACAGCUGCACUAACGUAAAGCAUCGGCAGAAAAUAAGUGAAACUGCAAAAAAUAAACAAUCUAAGAGUUUUUUUUUACAAAACUGAAGGAAUCAACGAACAAGAACAACAAAAGAAACCAAACGAGUUGAAAGAAAGUAUUUGAAAGCACAAAAAACAAAACACCCGCUAACAUUACAUUGAAUAAUUAUUUAUUAUCAAAAAAAAGAACAACAAUACGCGCACCGGCCAAAAUGUCAACUAACAACGAUAUUGUCACAACUGAAAAUGCAACGGCCACUGCAUUGCCAAUGUCACAAAUGCAAUCUGCAGCAGCACCGACACCAUCAAAUGAUCAGUAUCUUCCAGCCACUCAUCAGUAUUUUCAUCACUGCAAGCAACAAAAGCAACAAAAGCAACAACAGCACCAACAGCUACUACUACAGCAGCAGCAGCAGCAACAAGCCACGCUACAAUCUCAGCGUUGUGUGAUGCGCAUACCAAUGCAACAACACACCACAGCAGCGCCACAACAACAGCAACAACUUGCACUGCAACAGCAACAGCAGCACCAGCAAUCCUAUGGGCCACCGAAACCGCAACAAUAUCAAUACCACAACAACAACAUUAACGUGCAUACAAACCACGUCAGCAACAAUGUAAAUGGCAGUAGCAGCACCAUGCCUCUAUACAAUAGUGGUAACAGCGGUAGCAGCGGUGGCGGUGGUGUUCAAGGUGGUGCUGAGACCAAAAGCAGCGUAGGAGCAACGGUAACAUUCGACGAAUUCACAGAAUUCUUCUGGCCAGACGAUAGCAAACAACACCAUCAUAGCACACAGCAACAAAAACAACUCUCAGCACAACACAGCAAUUUCAAUUCGAUUGAAGUCAGCGUUGGUGCAGACAUGGCAACAGAACAGCACACAACCAACACCACCACCACCAGCACUGGACGCACCUUCAUCACGCCCGCUGACAUACCGCCACCACCACCACAUCCGCCCAAUAUUACGGCACGUAAGCGUUAUCUGAAUACCAGCAAAAGUUUGGAGGAGCGACCACGUGAAAGUGGACGUUGUCAAUGUGAACAUCCGAUUGAAUUUGCAGCGGCACAACAACAACAACAGCAACAAUUGACAGCACAACAGGCGCUAACAAGCGUGCAACAACACCAACAGUCGCAGUCGGCACAUCAGUCAUAUGCCGCUCAUCACAGUGCAUACCUACCAGCCAUGCAACAGCAACAGCAACAGCAACAACAGCCACUAACACUUCCACAGCAACAGCAACAACACCAACAGCUGCCACAACAAACACAGCCAACAUAUCGUCCGCACUCGUUUAGCCAGUGUUCGCAUAAUGAUUACAAUCAUUUGCCGCCACCGCCGCCUGCCACACUCACGCGUGCCGAUUCGCAUCGCAGUCAUCACAAUUUGGUGGCGGUGGCCAAUGCUUCGUACUAUAAGAAUCGUUUCUUCGAUGAUGCGCCACUGCCACCACCUUCACAUCUCUCCACUUCAUCACUGUCAUCGAAGACCACCUUCGAGACGAGGCAGCUGAAG